AUGGGUGAUCGUGAAGCUGAUGUUCCAGCCCCAAUUACUCGAGCGGAUCUGGACGCUCAAAACCAACGGAUCGACAACCUAACCACCCAAUUUGGGGAGAUGCGAGAAUUGUUGUUGCAAGCUCUUGGUGGCAACCAUAGGCGAGGAGGCAGGGAUGACGAAAGAAGAGAAGGCAGGGAUAAUAAUCGAAGAGAAGGUAGAGAUGGCGAGAGAAGAGAUAAUAGGAGGCAACUUAUUCCGGAUAGUGAGUCAGAGUCAGAAGAAGAACUUGAAGAACCACCACCACCGGCUAAUAAUCCUCGUAAUCGUAAUCGUAAUUACGAGAAUUUUGGUGACUAUCGGAUUAAAGCAGAAAUUCCUAACUUUUGGGGAAAUCUGAAGAUUGAAGACUUCUUGGAUUGGCUUGUAGAAGUGGAGAGGUUUUUCGAUAUUAUGGAGGUUCCUGAGCAUAAGAUGGUGAAGAUGGUAGCUUUCCGUCUUAAAGCUACAGCGGCUGUUUGGUGGGAUCAAUUGCAAAAUUUACGGCAGAGGCAAGGAAAGCAGCGGGUUCGAACAUGGCGGAAGAUGAAGUCGCUUAUGAUGGAACGAUUCUUGCCCACAGAUUAUGAGCAGAUUCUCUACCGUAUGUACCUAGGCUGUGCGCAAGGCAUCCGUUCAGUUUCUGAAUAUACCGAAGAAUUCAUGCGUUUGGCAGAGCGAAACCAUUUGACCGAGACUGACAACCAAAAGGUCGCGAGGUACAACAAUGGGCUGAAGAUUUCCAUCCAGGAAAAAAUUGGUAUGCAGAAUAUAUGGACUUUGCAGGAGGCGAUUAACAUGGCAUUGAAGGCUGAAUUGUUGGAGAAGGAGAAACGCCAACCCAACUUCCGCAGGAACACGACGGAAGCCUCUGAAUAUACUGCUGGUGCUUCUAGUGGCUCAGGAGAUAAGGGGAAAGCACAGCAGCAGAAUCUUGGAGGAUCGACAAAACCAGCAAUAGUUGGCCAAAACAAAAAUUUCAACGAAGGUAGCAGCCGGAAUUACAACAGAGGGCAGCCCCGAAACCAGUCCCAGAAUCCGUAUGCUAAGCCCAUGACGGACAUAUGUUACCGUUGCCAAAAACCAGGGCAUCGUUCUAAUGUUUGUCCAGAACGGAAGCAGGCCAACUUUAUCGAAGAAGCCGAUGAAGAUGAGGAAAACGAUGAAGUCGGGAAAGAUGAUUAUGUAGGGGCUGAAUUUGCAGUUGAGGAAGGAAUGGAGAAGAUUACCUUGGUUUUGCAGAGAGUUCUUUUGGCACCAAAGGAGGAAGGGCAGCGUCAUAGUAUUUUUCGUUCCCUCUGCUCAAUUAAAAACAAGGUGUGUGAUGUGAUCGUCGACAAUGGAAGUUGCGAGAAUUUCGUGUCAAAGAAAUUGGUGGAGUAUUUGCAGUUAUCUACGGAGCCUCAUGUCAGCCCUUACUCACUAGGUUGGGUUAAAAAAGGCCCUUCGGUUCGUGUAGCUGAGACUUGCCGAGUGCCACUGUCAAUUGGUAAGCAUUACAGAGAUGAAAUAUUAUGUGAUGUUAUUGACAUGGAUGCAUGCCAUAUUUUGUUAGGGCGACCUUGGCAAUUUGAUGUGGAUGCAACUUUCAAGGGACGAGAUAAUGUAAUUCUGUUCUCUUGGAACAACCGGAAAAUUGCAAUGGCAACCACACAGCCCGCAAAGCAAUCUGUUGAGCCCAAGACGAGGAGUUCUAGUUUUCUAACCCUAAUUCACAGCGAGCAGGAGUUGAACGAGGCUGUCAAAGAAGCGGAGUGUUUUUGUCCCUUGGUGUUGAAGGGGUUGUUGAAAAUUGGCGGAGGAGAAGGUGACAUUCCACAAGAUGUGCAGCAGAUUUUGAAUCAAUUUCAGGAACUACUUUCUGAAAAUCUGCCAAACGAGCUGCCUCCUAUGCGGGACAUACAGCACCGAAUUGACUUGGUGCCUGGAGCUAGCCUUCCGAAUCUGCCCCAUUAUCGGAUGAGCCCCAAGGAGAAUGACAUCCUGAGAGAACAGAAAGACAAAACUUGGCGAAUGUGUGUUGAUAGCCGGGCAAUCAACAAGAUAACAGUCAAGUACAGGUUUCCCAUUCCACGGUUAGAAGAUAUGCUGGACGUUCUUAGCGGCUCAAGGGUGUUUUCUAAGAUAGAUUUGCGAAGCGGAUACCACCAGAUUCGCAUCCGACCUGGAGACGAAUGGAAAACAGCGUUCAAGAGCAAGGACGGAUUAUUUGAAUGGUUGGUGAUGCCAUUCGGAUUGUCAAAUGCACCUAGCACUUUCAUGCGGCUCAUGAAUCAGGUUCUUCGACCAUUCAUUGGUUCUUUUGUCGUUGUUUAUUUCGAUGACAUUUUAAUUUAUAGUACCACAAAAGAAGAACAUCUUGUGCAUUUGAGACAAGUUUUAGAUGUGUUGAGAGAAAAUAAGUUGUAUGUGAACCUUAAAAAAUGUACUUUCUGCACAAAUAAGCUACUGUUCUUGGGUUUUGUUGUUGGUGAGAAUGGUAUCCAGGUAGAUGACGAGAAGAUCAAGGCAAUCCUUGAUUGGCCAGCUCCAAAGACAGUUUCUGAAGUUCGAAGCUUCCAUGGCUUGGCCACCUUUUACAGAAGAUUUGUGAAGCAUUUUAGCACCGUUGCUGCACCUAUCACAGAAUGUUUGAAGAAGGGCCGGUUCAGCUGGGGAGAGGAGCAAGAAAGAAGCUUUGCAGAAAUAAAAGAAAAGCUUUGCACCGCACCGGUUCUAGCUCUUCCAAACUUUGAGAAAGUUUUCGAAGUUGAAUGUGAUGCCAGCGGUGUGGGAGUCGGAGCUGUGCUCUCACAAGACAAGCGGCCAAUUGCGUUCUUUUCUGAAAAGUUGAGCGAUGCACGUCAAAAGUGGAGUACUUAUGACCAAGAGUUCUAUGCGGUUGUUCGAGCUUUGAAGCAAUGGGAGCACUAUCUUAUCCAGAAGGAAUUUGUUUUGUUUACAGAUCAUCAAGCGUUGAAGUAUAUUAACAGCCAGAAAAAUAUUGAUAAAAUGCAUGCUAGAUGGAUGACUUUUUUGCAGAAAUUUUCGUUCGUUAUCAAGCAUACUUCCGGCAAGACCAAUCGUGUGGCAGAUGCGCUGAGUAGGAGAGCUUCAUUAUUAGUCACGCUGACUCAAGAAGUUGUGGGGUUUGAAUGUCUGAAGGAAUUAUAUGCAGGUGACAAUGAUUUCCGGGAAAUUUGGAUUAAGUGCACUAAUCAAGAGCCAAUGGCAGAUUACUUUCUCAAUGAAGGUUAUUUGUUCAAAGGCAACCAGCUGUGUAUUCCAGUUUCUUCUUUAAGGGAGAAGCUCAUUCGGGACUUGCAUGGUGGAGGGUUGAGUGGCCACCUAGGCCGUGACAAAACAAUUGCAUUGUUGGAGGAUAGAUUUUACUGGCCACAGCUCAAACGUGAUGUUGGAACUAUUGUGCGCAAGUGCUACAUUUGUCAAACUUCGAAGGGGCAGGUACAAAACACUGGAUUAUAUAUGCCAUUACCAGUUCCUAACGAUAUUUGGCAGGAUCUUGCUAUGGAUUUUGUCCUCGGAUUGCCCCGAACACAAAGGGGAGUGGACUCUGUAUUUGUGGUGGUUGAUCGAACAGAUGGCAGAUUUAAUCGCGGUUGA